CGGGGGGAGGAAAGCGAAUUUGUAAAAAGGUAUUUUUUCCUCUCGUCUCCCCUCCACAACUCUUUUCCUCUCCGUUUCCCGUCGGCCCGGGGAGAGAGGGAGGGAGAGAGAGGGAGAGAGGGAGAGGGCGAGAGAGAGAGAGGGAGAGGGAGAGAGGCGGACAAAGUUUGACGAACUUUGCACAUCCUUCGGAAACGCCAUUUUGAUUCCUCUCUCCGGAACAACUUUGCAGCUUCUUUUUUUUUUAUUCCCCGACGAGUCCAUCAUCAUCAUCAUCAUCACCACCACCACCAUCAUCGUCGUCGUCGUCAUCAUCAUCAUCACAACCACCACUACCAUCAUCAUCAUCUCCGCCAUCAUCAUCAUCAUCAUCAUCAUCAUCAUCACUGCCAUGUCUCGGCGCAAACAACCCAACCCCAACAAAGUCAAGCUGUGAACAGUGGUUGCAGACACACACACACACACAGCACGGUGGGACGGCACAUCGCAAAGCCCCGCCCCCAAAGCCACGCCCCUUCCCCUCCCAGCAUCGAGCCUGGCCGUGCGUGCGAGCGUUCGUUUAGGCGGCUGACAGGACGGUGAUGGAGAACUCUGCGGAGGAGAAACGAGAAGAGGGAGGAGCUAACACUGAAAUGAGUGACGAAGAGGCGGAGCUUACAGAGAACACACACAAUAACCUCAAAGGAGAGAGCAGCGGAGUGGUUGAGGAGGUGAAGGACGGGGAAGAAGAUAAGAAUCUCCCAAACGGUGAAGGAGUGGAAGACGGAGGAGGACAAGGGGGUGGAGAUUUGUCCUCCAUCAACGCCAUGAUGUCAGCGGUGAUGUCAGCAGCUGGGACCAUCAACGGACGAGGGACGGGGGUUGACUCCGCCUACGCCCCCUCCUCUGGCCCCUCUCCAAGCCCCUCCCCCAACAAGACAGUUGCCACGCCCACUAGAGCUCCUGCCAACAGCCGUAAUGCACGCCGCAGCCAGGAAACCAAAGAUGACAGCUCUGCAUAUAUCUGUCCCCUGUGUGACAAGAACUGCCUGACACAACACCAGCUUACCAUGCACAUCAGACAGCAUAAUGCGGACACUGGAGCGACGGACCAUUCCUGUAGCAUCUGUGGGAAGUCUCUGAGCUCCGCCUCCUCUCUGGACAGACACAUGCUGGUACACAGUGGGGAGAGACCCUACAAAUGCACCAUAUGUGGUCAAACCUUCACCACCAACGGAAACAUGCACAGACAUAUGAAGAUCCAUGAGAAGGACCCGGCCAGUGGCGGCCUCCCUGUCAGCCCCCCCUCCCCCACCAAGCGGCGCCGCCCCCCCACCAAAAGGCGGCUACAGGAGGAGGAGAACGGAGAGGAGCCCCCCAACAAGAAGAUUGUUGAUGACAGUCUCCUGGAGGAGGCACCCACAGUAAGAGGAGGUGAAGAGGAGUUCCUCUGCCCAAUCUGCUUCAAAACCUGCUCCUCACGACAUGAACUGGACUCUCACAUGGACGCACACCCUGACACAACGCUCAGGUGUGACCUGUGUUGUGUGUCCUUCCGUACACACCGCGGGUUGUUGCGUCACAACGCGGCGGUCCACAAGCUCCUCCCCCAGGACCCCAGCGGGCGUCCGUUCAUCCAGAACAACCCCUCCAUCCCCACAGGAUUCAAUGACCUCGCCUUCAUCGACUUCUCUUGCAACAAGUUCCCGAACAUCGCACAGGUUUGGUGUGAGACUAACCUGCGACGUUGUGUCAGUAAAUUCCACCGCUUUGUUUGUGAGAGAUGUGACAAGGCGUUUCCUUUGCGCUCAGCCCUUGAUCUCCACAAGACCACUGUACACCCUGAGCAGACUGCCGCCACAACAGUAGGUGCCGUGGAGAAAACGGAGGAGAGGACAGAGGCUGGAAAGGGAGAGUAUGAUGCUGAGAAAGAGAGCCAAGCCAAAAAACAGGAAGUCCUGCCUCCAGAGCAGGCCAGUUUCCUUGAGUCUCUGGGCCUUCAGCACGUUUCCAAGGUGAAGGCUGGUCCUUCUGAUGAGGACAUCCGCCAGGCUCAGCUGGACAGCAUCAAGGUGAUCCACGUGGAGCUGCCAUGCUCCUCUUUCCCUCAGGAGCCAGCAUCAGCCUGCCUGCCAGGGGGUUUGAGUCUGAGCCUUGGUCUGGGAGUGGGUGGUCUGGCGGCAUUGGGCGGUCUCAGUCUGGGGAUUCCUCUGCUGGAGGCUGCGGCUUCAGGUUCCAGCCUGCAGGGCCUGACUCAGCGAGACGCCCUCAGCCUGCUGUCCCUGCAGCCCUUCCAGGCCGGCUUCCUCCUGCAGCCUGACGGGGGCGCAGCAGAGGCCAGCGCAGCCUCCUCCGGGGUCAAACCAGGCGAGGUGGGAGGGGAUGGCAUCAUGGAGCUGGCCGACAUCCAGCAGAUACUUAAAGUUGCGGCAGCGGUGCCCAAUCAGGUGGGCCCGACUCUUCCCCCAUUGGCCAAAGCUCCGGGGUUUGUUGGAAGUCAAGGUCAGAAGACUAUGCCUCCUCUGAAGCCCAAACCUUUGAUCACCCCACGCUCCAGUCUGUCAUCCUCCACUCCGCCCCCCCUCCAGAGUUCCCAGCAGGCCUCACUAGGCUGCAUCAGCCCCAGCUUGCCACCCCCCACCCCCACACUCUUCAAAACACCCUCCUCAUCUUCCUCAGCCGGCAGCAUGGGGCAGAUGGAGGCAGAGUGUAUGGGUGACGCCAAUACACCAAUGUCUGAUUCGCCUCCUGCAGCAACCACAACCAUGCAGGAGGAGGCGGGGCUUAGCAACAGGAAGACAGGAAGCAAAGUGGGUAGCGGCUCAUUCCCCUGUCGUUUCUGUGACCAGGUCUUCUCCUGCUCCAGUGUCCUGCAGGUCCACAUGCGCAACCAUCUGGGCGCCCUGCCCCACCAGUGUAACAUCUGUGAUUACGUGGCUCCGGACAAGGCCACUCUCAUUCGACACCUGCGAACGCACAGCGGCGAGCGGCCCUACGUUUGCCGUGUCUGCCACUACCCCUUCACCGUCAAGGCCAACUGUGAGCGCCACCUCAGGAAGAAACAUGCCAAGACCUCCCGAAAGGACAUUGAGAAAAAUAUCAAGUAUGUCACCUCCACAGCCACCAUCCCCACCACCAUCACCAACGCCUCCACCCAGGAGGCACUGGAGACCGGGGUGGGCAUGGAGACCACCUGUCGGUACUGCGGAGAGGACCUGGAGUCCUUCCGGGCCCUGCAGCUCCACCUGCGCACACACAACGGCUGCCAGAGGAAACCCUUUGAGUGCCGGCGCUGUGGCGCAGCCUUCCUGGCCAAGCGGAACUGCAUCCACCACCUGUUGAAGCAGCACCCCGAGGUGCAGGAGCGAGAGAUCGAAGAGCACAUCACCACACUCACCCCCUCUGCCCUGCCGGUGGCCUCCAUACGCGGCUCCUCUGCCAGCCAGGCGGCGCUGAAUGGGCUGAGUCAGCCAGCGAUGCCAGUCCUGCAGACGGUGAAGGUGGAGGAGCUGAGUGGUUUGGUUUAUUCUGCUGCCACUGAACUUGACCAGCCCCUGGAUUACUCUGCUAAAGGCCGCAGGGCGGCAGGGCAGCAGGCAGGGGUCAAAGUGGAGAAAGUCUCUCCGGGAUACGAAUGUUCCUCUCUGGACCAGCCCAUUGACCUGUCCAUCCCCAGCAAGCGGCAGAGGAGGGAGGGAGGCAUGGAGAGGAAGGAGAUCAAGGUGGAGCCAAGUGGGAGCUCUGUGGAGCAACAGGCGAUUUCUCUCUCCAAGGCUCUGCCCCCCCUGCACCCCCAUCCACAACCAGGCUGCUACCAGCUCCCCCCUGGUUCUGCCACCCCGCCUGCCUCUCUCUCCACCAUCGCCACCUCGGCCAGAACCCUGCGCCUCAAACCACUGCUCCCUAAACCCAGCGCCUCCUCCUUGAAGGAGCUUCCUCCGCUUGCCUCCAUUGCUCAGAUCAUCCAUUCCGUCUCCGGGGCACCGGACCUGCUGAAGAGAGACAACGCCCCGCCAGACACCAAACUACACCCUGAUCCUGCGACAGACAGCCCGGGUACCUCUAUCGCUGCUGCCACCAGUGUGGAAACACAGAAUGAGGACGUCUCAGAGGGGAGCUCCAGGAAGCGGCCCAGGAAGAAGGCAGUGGCGGUGGUGAACAGGGAGAAGAAGGGCUCCAGUGGCGGGCCAGGGAUUGAUUUGGAGUCCAGUGGAGAGUUUGCCAGUGUGGAGAAAAUGCUUGCCACCACUGACACCAACAAGUUCAGCACCUACCUGCAGACUGGAGCCGGAGACCUGGGCCACAAGAGAGAUGCUGAGAGAAAGGGAGGAGGUGAGAAGGAGGGCGGAGGAGAGGAGAGUAAACCCGCUGUGGUGCUUCCUCAGUCCAAAGGGAAGAAGAACGCCUAUUCCAACUCUGUCCAAAAGAUGACUUGCCCCUUCUGCCCCAGAGUCUUCCCCUGGGCCAGCUCCCUGCAGAGACACAUGCUAACACACACCGGUCAGAAGCCAUUUCCUUGCCCUAAGUGCGAUGCCUUUUUCUCCACCAAAUCGAACUGUGAGCGCCACCUGCUGAGGAAACACGGCGUGACCAACCGUGUGCUGCGCCGCAAUGGAGCACUGGGCAAGAAGGAAGGGGACGAGGGCUCGCACGAGAGUGCAGAGAGUCAGUCUGAGACGGAGCAGGCGGUGCCAGAGGCCGUGGACCUCAGCAGCAGCUCAGAGUCCGGCUCCGCUACGACUCCGGACCAGAGAUCCGCCUCUUCAGAGCAGCCGAGAGCGGUCCCUCUCAGCAGGGCCACGCGGCCUAGCCCCUCCUCCAAAGCCAGCCAAAGUCUCACAACAGCCCCCGGCCCAUCAGAGCUUCCUGGGUCUGAGUCAGUGGAUCAUCCAUCCCAGCAGGGGGCGCUAGACAAGAAACAGCAGCCAGCACAGAACAAUAACACUGGCAACAGCAAGGUUGACAAUGAGGAUGAUGAAGAUUGUCAGAGUAAUAAGAGUCUGGAUCUUAACUUUGCCACCAAACUCAUCGACUUCAAGUUCUCCUCUACAUCCAGCUCUGCCUCCAGCCAGCCUCCUCCACCUUCCUCCACCCCCGUUCCCCAGCCCAGCUCCUCCUCCUCGCCCUCUCCCUCCCCCACUGUCCCCCCAGAGGACCAGGAGGCCAAGGAAAACACCACCCCUUCCUCCUCCUGUGCCUCUACCCCACCCGCUGUCAAAACGCCGGAGUAUAAACACGUCUGCCGCGUGUGUAAGAAGAGCUUCCGCUACGCCACCACGCUGGCCCGCCACGAGAGGGCGCACCUGUGCGAGGAGACGCCGGAGCCUGUGUCCAUGGAAGGUGGGUUGACGCCGGGGAAAGUAGAGGCCAGCGAAACUACCCAGGCCGAGAACGAAGAGGAGAUGGAGGCAGAAGAGAAAGGAGGGAAGGUGGAGAGUGAGGGAGGAGAGAGUGGAGACGAGGAUGAAGAGGAAGAGAAGGAGAAGGAGGAUCGCAGUGAUGAAGAGGGCGGGGCCUCUGAGCCAAAGAGCAGAGAGGGAGGAGAGGUGAGGGUUGACAAGAGGAAGAAGAUCUGCAACGUCUGUGGGAAACGCUUCUGGUCUCUGCAGGACCUGACCAGACACAUGCGCUCACACACAGGUGAGCGUCCAUAUCAGUGUCAGACGUGUGAGCGAACCUUCACGCUGAAACACAGUCUGGUGCGACACCAGAGAAUCCACCUGAAACCCCGCGGGGCCGAGGGGGCCGAGCCAGGUGAGGACGGAGACUCCUGCACCCCCACCUCCACCUGCCCCCCCUCUGAGAACGAGAGUGAGGGGGGCACCGGGAUGGGGGCGGAGGAAAGAGGAGAGGAGGAGGAGGUGAAAGAGGAGAUUCUGACGCGGCUUGACAUCGCUGUCCAGCCAUCACUGGUCGGCUCCGUGGAAACGAAAAUGACUCUUGAAUCCGCAGCGGAGGAGGAGGAGAACUCACAGGAACCUGCGGCCAACCCAGUACCUGAAUCAGAACCUGAACCCAACCACCAAACCGCACAGCAAUCCCAUGACCUUGUUGCCGCUACUGUUCCUCAGGACGCCGCGGAGGACGCCGCUGAGGACGCCACAGAGGACGCCGCUGAGGACGCCGCUGAGGACGCCACGUCGUCUGCAGACCAGAAAUCCAGCCACCAAGCUACUGACUCAAAGACGACCAGCGAUGACAUGGAGAUGCCGCCUGAAGCCAAGACCUCCAAAGACCUCCCUCCCUCCUCCGCUGCUCCACCUCCUCCUUUAGAGGAUUCAGCAGUUGCUCCUGCAGACGGCUUCAUGCAGGGCAUACUGGAGAUCCACACCAAGCCGUCGCUGGAGCACCUCCUGCCCGGCGGAGAGCCUCCUCUGGUGGGAGUGGAGUGAGACGCCCCCCCCCCCCCCCCCCAGGAGGACGGUGUAAACCAGCAUCACCCCAGUGCCACAAAAACAAAAACAACCCUGAACGAAGAGGGGAACCUGGUUUUCUUGAAGUGCCUUACUACUAGUCCUUCUUUCAGAUGGCUUUUUGCUCUAUCUUUAUCUACGGUAUAACCCAGGAUGGAUCUAAUUUUUAUAGCUUUCUAUGAUGACACCGAUGAUUUUCAUCACAAAUUUUUUUUGUGCGGGAAUCUAUAUGUCAGCAAUAAAAGAAUUAAUUUACAUUUUAUUGUCGUUCUAGAUCUUGUAUACGAAUUCAUGAUCAGCUGAGCAGACCAACUCUUUCUGCGCUUUAUUUUGUGUAUUUAAAGAACGGCCGUUUGCCUGAACACGGAACAAUGAAUUGAACCAGCGGUGGUUCUUGGAGCAAACUUAGUACGGCGGCCUCCUCACCCUUCCGCUUUCCUUGCCGGGCAGCCAUCUUGAAUUUUGUUAUAUGGCAUAUGGUGUGAUGUUGGCAUGUGGCUGGUGGUCGUUUUGUUGCUCUGGACUGAAGAAGCCUUUUGUAACUGGAAAACACAGCAGGACGGAGGGAUGGACAGACACACUGACACAUCUUUGGGUUUCCUCUGGUUUGGCAUCUGUCCGUUUAGCCGUCAUCUCUGUCACAUGUUUGCAUUGAAAACAAGAAUUGAACUCAUGUGACCCGGCAGAGUCUCAUCACAUCUCUGAUAACUGAACUGGCGGGUGUCCUGUUGACCAUCCGACUGUCUCUCAUCCAUCAAAGGCUUUUUUCUUCUCUUCUUCCACGUUAAUAUGGGCAAUAUUUGCCCCUUCCUCCCCCAUAGGUCGAUUUGUGUGUGAAUAGGUUCAUAUUGAGUCAUUUUCAUCAGAUUGCAUGUGUGCAGAGCAUGCGAGUCAGAAUCAGACUGUUGUGUAUUGCUGUGUGUGUGUUUGUUUGUUACAUUUCUGAUACGGAUCAGGUGAAAGGGGCGUGUGUAUUUGUUUUGUUUUAAAUCAUAUCAUGAACAAAUAUUUUUUCUUGGUGUGUAUGUGUGUGUAUGUGUGUGUGUGUGUGUGUGUGUUAGCGCCUCUCUCCCAUCUGUCUGUCUCAUCGUUGCCCCCCAGUAUUUGCAGAGGCGUCAUUACAAGGUGCACUCACAAGUAGCAUUAAUAUGUGAUCCAUGUUCAGUUUACCUCUAGUCUGCCUGCAGGCGUUAGACAGCAGGGUCUAAACACCACACUCAGCUCUGUACAUGGCUCUAUAGAGGACUCUGUACAUGACUCUAUACAUGACUCUACAUGACUCUAUAUGACUCUAUACAUGACUCUGUACAUGACUACAUGACUCUAUACAUGACUCUACAUGACUCUGUACAUGACUAUAUGGAGGACUCUGCAUGACUCUAUACUUGACUCUAUAGAGGACUCUAUACAUGACUCUAUACAUGACUCUACAUGACUCUAUACAUGACUCUUUA